CCAAAUCCCAUGAGCCGUCCUCUCGCCUGGGACUCACCUUUCCUGCUCAGCCAGAAGCUGUUGCCUCCUACCCAGCUGCAGCCCAGAGAGCAGGUCCUGCUGCCUCGCCGCCCUGCUCCCAAGCAGAGACACGGCAAGAGAAGGUUUUCUGGGAGCAGCCCCAGAGCUCGCUGACUGCAUCUGUCCAAGUCCCACGGCAGUGGAGGCACCAUGUGGCCUGGGUGUGCCAGCGUCCUGGGCUGGCUCCUGCUGCUGCAGGCAGCAUCGCGCGUGGCAGGCGGCCGGCCCUGCAAUGCCAAGGACUUCGGGCACGGCUCGCUGGUGUGUGCCUGCAGUGCUGCGUACUGCGACACGCUGGACCCCGUGGUCCUGCCGGCCCCGGGCACCUACAUCAAGUACGAGAGCAGCAAGGCCGGCAAGCGGCUGGAGCGCAGCGAGGGGAGCUUCCAGCGCAACGCAGAGAUCCCAGAUUUCCACCUCACUCUGGACACGGCGCAGCGCUACCAGAAGGUGAAGGGCUUUGGAGGCUCCGUCACAGACUCGGCUGCCAUAAACAUCCAGUCCCUGUCCAAGGAGACUCAGAGCCACCUGCUCCGCUCCUAUUUCUCUGAGGAAGGCAUUGAGUACAACCUCGUGCGCGUCCCCAUGGCCAGCACCGAUUUCUCUGUGCGUCUCUACACCUAUGCUGAUGCAGAGGGUGACUUUGAGCUGAAGCACUUCAACCUGACGGAGGAGGAUACGCGGAUGAAGAUCCCAAUCCUCCAGGCAGCCCAGGCAGUAGCCAAGCGCCCCCUGUCACUGUAUGCCAGCCCCUGGACGUCCCCGGUCUGGAUGAAGACGAAUGGUGCCAUGACAGGGAGAGGGACGCUGAAGGGAAACCCGGGGGACAAGUACCACAAGGCCUGGGCCAAAUACUUCAUCCGGUUCCUGGAUGAAUAUGCCAAGCACAACCUGACCUUCUGGGCCGUGACAGCAGGGAACGAGCCCACGGCCGGCGAGAUCGUCUUCUACCCCUUCCAGUGCCUGGGCUUCUCCCCAGAGCACCAGCGGGACUUCAUCGCGCAGGACCUGGGCCCUGCGCUGGUCAACAGCUCCCACCGCAAUGUCCAGCUCAUCAUCCUGGAUGACCAGCGCGUGAUGCUGCCCUACUGGGCUCAAGUGGUUCUCAAAGACCCCGUGGCCGCCAGCUACAUCAGCGGCAUCGGCAUCCACUGGUACCUGGACUUCCUGGCGCCCAUCGACCUCACCCUCUCCAUCACCCACCACCUCUUCCCCAAUUACUUCCUCCUCUCUACGGAGGCCUCCACUGGCUCCUACUUCUGGGAGCCCCGGGUGGUGCUUGGUGGCUGGGACCGCGGGAGCAAGUACAGCCACAGCAUCCUCACGGACCUCAACAACUAUGUUACGGGCUGGACCGACUGGAACCUGGCGCUGGACCUUCAGGGGGGCCCCAACUGGAGCAAGAACUACGUGGACAGCCCCGUCAUCGUGGACAGCAGCAAGGACGUCUUCUACAAGCAGCCUAUGUUCUACCACAUGGGGCACUUCAGCAAGUUCAUCCCUGAGGGCUCGCAGCGCGUGGGGCUGGCUGUCUCCAAGAAGUGUCGCAGGUGCAACCUGGAGCACACGGCUUUCCUGCGCCCCGACGGCGCUGUGGUCCUGGUGGUCCUGAACCGGUCCCCCGUGGAUGUCUCCUUUGGGAUCUCAGACCCCAGAGUCGGCUUCAUUGAGGCCGCAGCUCCCAGCGACUCCAUCCAGACGUUCCUGUGGAAGCAGCCGGCCUAGCAUGGCUGCAGCGGUUCCGGUGCCAGCAGCGCUGCUGGGGGGCUGCCUCACCCCCCUGGGGGCUCGGGGGCGGUCCCCUGUGGCCCUGCACCACCCCAGGGGACCUGAUUGAUCCACAGGCCACGACGCCUGCUGUUUUCUAGAUGUUUUCAUAAAAUAAAGAGGUUUUCUACAACCUUG